AGUACAUGAAGAUCAAUGCAAGAUGGAGAAGAUCUGAUGUUCCUGGCUUCCCUCUUCUCACAGGCCUACUGCUGUCGUCUGCGUGCUGAGCAGAAUCGUCUGGAAAAGGUCAGCAACAACCUUGUCAAGGGCGUAAGUAAUCUUCUGGAAACCAUCGAAGGAAAUUCUCCUUGGGAAGCUACUUGGCGAUGGUGCAAAGAUACCAACCGUGCAACACUGAGUGACCUCCUAGCAAAGGCAACGGCUGCUAACUGUCCCGUGACUGCCGCCUUUCUCCAGAAGGCGGGGGCAUGGUCUUUCUUUAGUGGAACUUCGGGUAGCAGUGCCUUACACGCAGCACUGGAGGCUGGUCAUCAGGGCAUGGCUGAGCUGUUGAUCAGGGAACUCGGGGGGUGCCCGUACGUGCUCGACACAUACGGUCGCCUCCCAAUAGAUUUGAUGACCGAUGAGGAGCGAAGAAAGCUUGAGGAAAGGCUCUUCGAGGAGGAGAGGGAGAAAUUGAAGGAUUUGGUGCUUCGCCAGAAGGCAUAUCGCGAGAAAGAAGCAGUUCGGAGAGCAAUAUAUGUACAGAAGGUUCUUUUCCGCAGCUACAAGAAGAACAAAAAUCGGAAUUUAUCAGAUAUUAAUGGCCGCACCACUCUGCUAUUAGCAUCUCGCAAAGGUUUACUCCAGCUAACUCAUAUGCUGCUGCAAGUGGGGCGUCUCCCCGUGGACAAGGUGCUUGAUAAUAUAUGCGGUACCACAGCUCUCCACGAGGCGGCCUCGCACGGCCAGGAUGGCUGCGUGUCGCUGCUGUUGAGUGUCGGCGCUGACAGUCAGCAACGGGAUACCUAUGGCCAAACGCCUCGCCUCCUCGCCGCAAUGUUUGGAAACACGAGUACUUUUGACCUGCUGGCCUACCAAGAGAGGCAGGACUCUCCUUGCCGCGCGGGUACCACUGCCACGCAAGUACAGCAAAACUUCAAGUUAUACCAUAACAUGUAUUUUAAAUAUAGCCACAACUUGAUAAAGCCUUUUGACCGCCACUGUCCCGAGAAUGUCAUAAAAAAAAUAUUAAAAGCAAUAGAUGUAGAAAAACUGCAGCAGGAGGCAGUAGACUUUUCAAAAGGAGAAGCACUCGAGGUAAAGGAGGCUGUGAUGGAAGAAUUAAACACCAUCAUAAAAAAAGUAUCCUCAGCAAAUCCUAUUUAUCGCGGUGAACUGAAGCUGACAGGUAGUUCUCAAGAUGGCUCCAAGCUAUACGCUCCCGAUGAGUUUGAUGUGAACAUUGUGAUCAAAGUCAACGACGUAAAAGUAAAAUUGGUGGCCCUGCAUCCCCCCUCCUAUAUUGAUGAAAUGGUAGAAGUUUGGCGGAGGGGCAAGACUAUAAUGAGUCUUGAGGAGAUUGAUGACAUCACUCUGUACAGGGCUUUUGACAUAAGUGCCUCAGACCAUUCUGUUGAUCCCCCACACGUGAAGAUAGAGGCAGGACAAGUGCGUGUGCAGGCAAUCUCUGCCACUUAUGCCCUUGUCCAGGAGGCAGCAACUGCUCCAGCAGUGGCAACAGCAGUAGAAGAGCUAAUAGCAACUGCACGUGCAUUGGCGGAUGUUGCACAUGCAGGAGAGGAAAUUGCACAUGCUGUGAAGCCGGCUGCAGAGGAGGUAUCUUCAUAUGCACAGGCCGUGGGAGGAGCUGCAUGGGCACAGGAAGCAGCUGCAAGGGAAAUAGCAGAAGCUAGUAGACUAAAACAAUUAUAUCUGAAAACAGAAAUUGAAAAUGCAAAGAAAAACAAUGAAAUAAAUGUUAGAGGAUGCACAUAGUCUUUUAAGUGUAAAACCUUUCUUCCAUUAUGUUUGUGCCGGUGUCAAUCCAAAAAAUAUAUAAUUGCUGUCAUAUAUAAGUUAUUUAAUGAGUAUAAGUGAUGGUGUGUGUGUGUGUGUGUGUGUGUGUGUGUGUGUGUGUGUGUGUGUGUGUGUGUGUGUGUGUGUGUGUGUGUGUUCAAGUUCAAGUUCAAAUGUUUAUUGCCAAUCAAUUACAACAUUUAAUUAUCUUAAUAAACAGAAUAAAUGGCACAGUCUGCCGAGCCAGGACUCCAUGGCAGACAGAUUUGUUAUUGUAACAUAUGCACACCUAUUAUAGACUCAUACAACAACUGUUUAACCUACACAGUAGGUUACACACUCACACCUACAUACACACAAAUAUUAAUUAUUGUGGCAUACGAUAUAUUACACACUUGCAUAUACACAUACAAAAAUUUAUUAUAAUAUACAGUGCAAUAAUUUACACAUGUACCGAUAGCUUUACAUGUUAAUACAUAAUAAGUUAUGGGUGUAAGAUUUGUUAUGUUCCUGUGGCUUGGAGAGAGUAGAGGUGAUUUUUUAUUCUCCUUUUGAAAACACUAAUGGUAAUACUAUCAAGGUCUUGUUUGAUAUGAUGUGGUAAAGUGUUCCAUAUUCGAGGACCUACGUACAUUAUACCGUUUUUAUAAAGAAUGGUGCGGAAUGGGUGACAAACUAAAUUGUUAAUGUUGCCUCGAGUAUGGUACACGUUAGUUGCAAUACUAAAAAGGAUGGCAUUUCCAGAAUACAAAGUUAUGUGCCUAUAUAUACAAAGUAGUAGAAAAUAUUUAUGAAUAAAAGUGAAAUUGAGCAAUU